AUGCUUCCUCAACACGUUCUCUUCGCGCUCGUCGCCACCGUCGCUGCCGUCCCCCUUAACAUCAACUUGGGUGCCUACUCGCCUGCCCUGGUAGUCGGUGAUGGAGAGAUCUCGCUAGGAUCAACAGAAUCAGCUUCAGAGUUGAUGUCUACGCUCGCUUCGGGAGCCGCAGCCAACGCCGGUGGGGAGGGCGCAGCACAAGGUCAGCAAGAACAACCGGCCGCCGAACAGCCCGCAGCUGAAGGCGAGCAAGCUCAAGAACAACCAGCUGAAGGAGAAGCAGCUAAACGAUCCAACCUUCGCCGCGCCGUCAACGACAUCAUCAGCAAGCGUGCUCCCGUCGAGCCCAAGAUGGCCGCCGUAGAGGAGGCCAUGCAAUGGAUCAAGCGCGACCUCGCUGGCUUCAACGCUGCUCUCGGCUACGCCAAGGAGGCCCAGAAGGACAUGCCCAAGGUCGAGAUGGGCACUGAGAACGCCGGUGUCGGUCUUCUCGUCAACCCCGGUGUCAACGUUCCCAAGGACUCUGCCGCCGCUGGCGCCCCUGCUGAGAAGCGCAAGCGCGAUGAGGUCGUCGAGGAGGAGGACGCACCCAAGAUGACUUUGGUCGCCAUCACCGAAGUUUGA